AAAAUUAAAAAAUUGAUUUUACAUCGAUUAUAAUAUGAUAUAUUCCUUGAAAAAUUAAUUCAGUGUUGUUUGUUUCCAUUGAUGAUCUUUUAAAGCUCAAUUUCGUGUCAAUAGUCGAGUUAAAGUCAACUGAUAUUUAAACAAUUAUUGAUACAAACGUCACUAAGAAAGUUGGUAGUAUAUGUUACGAUUGUACAUAUAUACGAUAUGAAAAUUCUACAAUUGUUAUUGCUUAGGGCUUAGGUUAUUGAUUUCUAAAUAUGCAACAUAUGUUUUAAAACAGUAACAAUAUUUUUAACAUGAAUGUACGAUAUUAAUUGAAAGAGAAGCAUCUUGAUCGCAAUAAUUAUAAUAUAAAAUUGAUCAUACAAAAAUAUUAAGGAUGCAAUAAUAACAAACACUGUCUUUUAGUAAAUAGUGUGGGUCACCUAAAAAAGGGAAAGCACAAAUAAAAAUGGCAGAUACAGAUUCACAAUUAAAACGACUCUUACUGCCAGCAGAAGAAAGUCUAUUUGAACAAUUAUUGAGGUUUGGUUUAUAUAUUGGUGCUGUGUUCCAAGUUAUAUGUUUGUUGGCAAUUGUUGUUUAUCAAGCUGGCCCUUCUGAUAAUGUGGCUUCUUUGAAGGAUGACCCAAGUGAUGUAGAAUGCUCAGAAAAUAGUCCUCAGGUUACUCCAAGAAGACCUCAUAGACCACGAAAACAGGAAAAGAAAAAGAGACGCUGAAUUAUUUUCUCUAUAUGAAGUACAUUUCCUAUAACUUAAAUUAUUUAUCUAUUUAAAAGACUGUUUUUAUAUAUAAUUAUUUAUACAUUUCAUUUUUGUAAUUAA